CUGCAGUAGAGCCAGUGUAGAGUACAGCAAAGCAACUCUACUGAUGAAAAAGAACAAUAAUAUUUAUUGACAAAGGGGAACAUUACGACUUUCCAUAAGUGUUUGUUUCUUGAAUGCAUCACACGGAGUUGCACUGGGAAUUUUUGUAGUGUUUAUGCUCUAUCAGGUACGGCUGAUCGGAACUUGAAAUGACAGGAUUUUUUUGCUCUAAUCCAGAUCUCCUAUGAUAUGUAUUAAUCAUCAAUUGUAUAAACUUUAAUCGCGAAAUAAUUUAAAAGUAGGGCAAGGAUGAUAAAAGUGUGGCAGUAUUCGAGCAAGACGUGGAAUUUGUACGCAGCCUGGCAAGCAAAAUGCAGGGCAUAUCAUUACAACAAUUUUAACCCCUGCCAAGAAGCGUCUUUUAUUUUUUCUACCGGCGCGGUUUGCCUAUAGCAACCGUGAAGUGGGUUCAGCAACAAGAGAAGCCCUCCCUGGACCGAGUUACUGAAUGUUUAUCAAAUCAACAUUUCUGACAGUCCGGAGGUCAGCUCCCUUCUGCGCACAUCAGUCUGAGGAACAUGGAUGGUGGUAGUGGAAUUAACGAUGUGCAGACAGAGCUGGACUCGGUGGAGGCUGAGCUGGAGCUGGUGCAGCUGCAGAUUACAGAGCUCUUACAGAAGCAAGCUGAGCUAACUUCUCAUAAGAAUGCACUGUUGCAGCGACUGGAAGAGGCCUGUGACUCUGCACAGCCAUCGUCCUCCUCAUCCUCAUCUUCCUCAAAGUCAUCUGGAGCAGAUCCUGUAAUGAGCAAGCAGGAGAUGCAGUGCUAUGAUGGCACAGAUUUCCCAUGGUCAAGAGAAGUAGAGCAGCACCUGAACGACUUGUUCCAUUUAUCCAAGUUCCGACCACUGCAGCUAAGGGCCAUCAACCUGACCCUGUCGGGCGAAGAUCUCUUUCUGGUGAUGCCUACAGGAGGAGGAAAAAGCCUCUGCUACCAGCUGUCUGCAGUCUGCUCCAAAGGUUUUACACUGGUUAUCAGUCCCUUGGUGUCCCUGAUGGAGGACCAGAUCAUGUACCUGAGAUCGAUCAAUUUACCAGCAGUGACGCUGAAUGCAUCCAGUAGCAAGGAGCAGGCUAAGACAGUCAUGGCUGGAAUGACGGAUCCUAAGGCCCCUUUUAAGCUGAUAUACGUGACUCCAGAGAAGAUUGCCAAGAGCAAACUCCUCAUGUCUCGUCUGGAGAAAGCCUACAACGCCAGUCUGUUGAGUCGUAUUGCUGUGGAUGAGGUGCACUGCUGCAGCCAGUGGGGACAUGACUUCAGACCAGAUUAUAAGCUGCUGGGCAUCCUGAAGAGGCAGUUCCCCAAAGUGCCACUGCUCGGCCUCACAGCCACAGCAACCAGCAGUGUCCUCAAGGACUGUGAAAAGAUCCUCUGUGUGCCACGGCCAAUCACGCUCACUGCCUCCUUCAACCGAAUCAAUCUCUACUAUGAGGUCCGUACUAAACAUUCUGACAAUGAAUCAUCAAUAAAUGACAUUGCCUCUCUGAUCAAGAGCAGAUACCAGGACCAGUCAGGAAUCGUGUAUGUGUUUUCUCAGAAGGAUGCAGAGUUGGUGUCAUCUGAACUCCAGAAAAAAGGCAUCCUGGCCUAUCCUUACCACGCUAACAUGAACCCUGAUGAUAAGUCUCAGGUUCACCGCAAGUGGACUUCCAACAAAAUCAGGGUGGUGGUUGCUACUGUAGCGUUUGGCAUGGGCAUUGAUAAGCCUGACGUCAGGUUUGUCAUCCAUCACACCAUCAGCAAGUCCAUUGAGAACUAUUACCAAGAGAGUGGACGUGCAGGUCGAGAUGACUGUCCAGCAGACUGCAUCGUCUACUUUGGCUUCUCUGAUAUCUUCAGGAUCAGCACCAUGGUGGUCAUGGAGAAUGUCGGUCAGCAGAAGCUGCUGCAGAUGGUCGACUACUGCCAGAAUGUUGAAAGGUGUCGGCGCUCCCUCAUGGCAGUACAUUUUGAUGAGGUGUGGGACGAUGAAGACUGCAACCAGAUGUGUGAUACUUGCUGCCAUGAAAAAGACUACACCACUGUGGACAUCACCCAACAUGCCAGACAGGUGGUGCAGAUUGUGGAACUGGCAGCAUCCAUGGAUGAGAAGCUGACUCCUCUGAAGCUAGUAGAGGCGUGGAUGGGGAAAGGCCCCGCCAAGCGCAGGAAGAUGAUUCAGACCACCAUGCUGUCUCGGCUGCAGGCUGAAGCUGUGAUUGUGCGGCUGCUACUGCAGGGAUAUCUCAGAGAGGAUUUCAGUUUCACUCCAUACACCACCUACUUUUACAUGAAGCUGGGCCGCAAAGCUUCUUUGCUGAAGAACCAGACUCACACACUGAGCAUGAAAAUGAGGACAGUAGAGGCUGGAUCUGCUGUGGACAUGUCCACUGUUAAAACCAAUGAGGAGGAGGUUGAUGUAACCUUUGACCCCAUUGUCAUGGACAACAGCUGUCUCCCACAACCCAAACAGAAACUAUUUAAAGAACAGAAGAACCAGUCCAGGAAACGAGAUCUGAAGCCAGUCAGCCAGACAGACAAACGGACAGAGAGAGCAAACAAACAGCAGACAGACAGACAUGGAGAGGAGGAGAAUCAGAGAGGAUCCAUAAUGCCUCAUAAUGUAAUCAAGGUUGAUGUUGAAAUUAAUAUGAUAGAAAACGCCGGUGUUGGUGAUGGUGAGAAAGCAGCAUCUUGUCCAGUUAAACACUGUUCCAAAAGGAAGUCCACCACCCCUCAGAGAGUGAGGCAGAAACCCCGUGCUAAUGUAGCAGCAUUGGACAUUCCCUCUUCAUCUCCAGGUGGUGCCACCCCAGCAACCAUUGUACCCAGAUCCCCUUCCCAGGCUUCCAUCAUCUCUGAGACUGCCGCUGAGGAGCUCUGUGACCUGAGGAACUACUACAGCAAGCAGCUGAAGAGAAUAAACUACAUUUCCCAUGAAUACCUGGGGCGGCCCACAGAGCCAGGAGUACUGGCGUGCAUAAGGGAGCCUCUGAAGAGCCUCCGUUUGCCUCGCAGGGUGACCAUUGCCCAGACAGCCCGCAGCCUGUGGACAAGAGUCAGCGGAAGGCGGAAACUGGUGCACGAUGACAUCGCAGUCUAAAGUUCAGUCUGCUCAACAAAGUUUAUACGUGGACUGUAUCUGGGUCACACGUGUGACUCCACUAGACAGGAGAGAGCAAUGGUCACUAACUCACCCCAUUAGAAAGUGUUGAUGUUCGUUACAGACCGAGAUUAAUUUGAAACAUUAAAAUUAAGUGGUGUGGAUUUAAAAAUGUGCAUUUGAUUUUAUAUUUAAAGUAUAUACAGUACUUUGUGUGUAAAUCAUGUCCUUUACUUUAAGGAGACCAGAACCCAAAAGGAUGAAACAUCUUUAAUCACUUUAAUGGCAUCCCCUGUCGAUGUUAAGUGCAGCUGGCCUUCUUACCACUUGGAGAACGUCUUUCUUCAUAGUCACUUAAGUUAUUUCAUUUUUAAUUUAGUGACAACCAUCUCCCUUCUAUCAGUGGCGGCAGUGACACAACAGAACCUCAGACUUUGAUCAACACAUUUGUUUUCUAGGUAAAGUCCCCUUCUUACUGUAGCUACAAUAAAUAAAAAUUUGUUUCUAAGCUUGUAUCCCUGUCAACACAUAACUGUAAAGGUGUAAGUGGUUGUGUUCAGCUGACUUGGUCAGAUGCUAAAUGAACAAUUUAAAUAACAGUAAAAACACAAAACAUAAAAUUAGAACAGGAGGAAGUUGUUGAAAACAUGAAGCUAAAAAGAAUGAAAAGCUCAGAGGAGUAAGCAUCAUGCAAAGUAGCUCAUGGACUCACGUUAAGCAGAGCACAUAACAUCCAAAUCACAUUACAUUACCUGGGUCUAUAAUGUCAUGUAUGAUGAAACAAACUUACAUGAAUGAUUAAACAUAUAGUCGGGUUUUAUGCAUUUUCAGGGUUCUAUAGGUUCGAAUGCUUAUUAUUAUUUUAACAUUUAGCCCCGUGAUAGACCAACGUCCUGUCCAGGGUAUACCCUGCCUCUCGCCCAAUGCCGGCUGGGAUUGGCUCCAGCAACCCCGUUCGGGACUAAGUGGUAUAGAUAAUGGAUGGAUGAAAUGUAGCAUUUUGUUUUGAAAGUAGACAGAGAUAUGGGAAAUGUCAGAGAGGAAAAAAAAGGUCAACACCCAGCAGAAGUCCCCAGCCAGACACAAAACAACCACUUUGUAGCUUAGUGACAUGACUCUGAUCUCAUACAACUUCUCUUUACUGGUUGCAUAUGUCCACUGAUUAUGACCAGUUCAGCCACCGCUGACACAGCAGAGCCUUGUUUUGUUUAAGUAAUUUUUAGGCCUGAAAAGGUAAAUGAUCCAUUAAGUAUAACGUAUAUCAGGCUUUGGAUCAACACACAGUACUUUUAUAAGGAUCAUGGACAGAUCAUGAGAUAAUGAGUCCCUGGGCACAGACAUGGAGAAGGCCCCUAUUUCUCUUACACUUAUAGGAGCAGGACUCAUAGACUGAGCAAUUACAUGAUUAGUAGACUUUUUUUGUCCUUUAUUGUUUUGCAUCUCUUUGUAGUUGCUGUGUUUCGGUUU